UUCAAGAACGGAAGGAAGAUUUCAAAUUUAUCUACCAAAGUAGUGUGAUUGUUUUUUCUUAGUCGCACUUGUGUGUCUGCGAGCCCUGAUUAGUGAUUCUUGAUACCCAGCAUAGCUCUACUCUUGGAAAGAUCAUAUCAAGAUUUUUUUCUUGAAAACCCAGAUUUCAAAUUCCAAUUUAGAUUUUUGGGUUCCAAACACUUUUCACAAUCAAAAUUUCCAUAAAAAACUGCUUCCAAAAUCCAAAAAUCACAAAGAAUCAUGCAUCCAAAUAUCCAAAUUCCUUCAACAAAAGCAGUGGUUUCAACUGCAGCUUCUUUGGCUGCUACGACCAUGUUAUUCCGAUCCUUCGCCAAAGAUUUUGUUCCACGUGAACUCAGACAAUAUGCCCUCACCAAAUUUCACUACUUUCUAGCCACGUUCACCAAUGAAAUCACCAUAGUCAUCCAUGAAUAUGAAGGCCUAAACAAAAACCAGCUCUUUUCUGCAGCUGAAAUCUACUUGGGUACCAUUUUUAAUCCCUCUACCAAAAGAUUUCGAGUAUCAUUGCCCAAAAAAGAGAAGAAAAUCCAUGUUUCAAUGGAAGGAAAUGAAGAACUAGUGGAUAAAUUUUGUGGGUUCCAACUGAAAUGGAGAAUGGUUAUCCAAAAAACUCAAGCAAGGCGCGUGCCUUAUCCUGAUGAAUAUUCUUCCACUAUAAAGUCCGAGAUUCGAUAUUUCGAGUUAAGGUUUCAUAAGAAGUACAUAAACAAGGUUCUUGAUGAGUAUUUGCCUUAUAUUGUAGAAAAGUCCAAAUCCAUCAAACAAGAAAUGAAAACAUUGAAAUUGUGGACUUUGAGGAGUGGGAGGUCCGGAGGAAAUCCAUGGCAGUCUGUGAAUCUUGAUCAUCCAGCCACUUUUGAAACUUUGGCAAUGGAUGCAGAAAUCAAGAAUAUGUUGAUUGAUGAUCUUGAAAGAUUUGUGAAUAGGAAAGACUUCUAUAGGAAGGUGGGCAAGGCAUGGAAGAGGGGAUACUUGUUGUUUGGGCCACCAGGGACAGGGAAAUCAAGUUUGAUUGCUGCUAUGGCUAAUUAUCUGAAUUUUGAUGUUUAUGAUUUGGAACUUACUGAUAUUAGGAGUAAUUCUGAUCUGAGGAGACUCAUUAUUUCAACUGCUAAUCGGUCGAUACUUGUGGUCGAGGACAUAGAUGCUUCCAUUGAUCUACCAGAGAGGCGACUAGCAGCGCCACCACGGCCACGGCCAAUGGAUCCUAACCAUCAUAAUGAAGGACCGAAAGUAACUUUGUCCGGAUUGCUGAAUUUCAUUGAUGGAUUGUGGUCGAGCUGUGGGGAUGAGCGGAUCAUUGUGUUCACGACAAAUCACAAAGACAAGCUCGAUCCAGCCUUGCUGCGCCCUGGUCGUAUGGAUGUGCAUAUUCACAUGUCCUAUUGCACACCAUAUGCAUUCAAAAUGCUCGUUUCUACUUAUCUUGGUAUCACAGAGCACCCACUUAUCAUGGAAGUCGAGCAAAUGAUGAGGACAACCAAGGUGACCCCUGCUGAAGUAGGCGAGCAGUUGUUGAAGAGUGAUGGUCCUGAAGUUGUACUUAGAGGCCUGAUUGAAUUCCUCGAGAAGAAGAAGGAAAGUGAAGAAGCUAAAGCAUUCAAAGAAAAUCUUGAAGUAACUAAAGUAGAAGUUUUGUCAAAGCCAGAGAAGGAAAAAGAUGGUGCGAGUCGUGAUAUGAAGGACUCUCAGAGUCUCGAAGGCCUUAAAGGACUUAUCGAGAUGGUUAAGGCAUCUCCUGCAAAUGCACGAGAUCUAGUAAUGAAGAGAGACAAGGCUUCGAUUGCACUGAAAGGCCUGAUUGAAUUCCUUGAAGAGAAACAAGGGGUUGAAGAUAUCGAAGCUUCUAACACAAACUCUCGAGAAUCGACGUCUGCUGAAGUGCAAGAAUCCCGGAAGGAAGGUGAGAUUUAGACAAGCGCAAUAUGAAGGUAGAUCUACCUGAAAUAUAUAAAUUAUUUCAGUUUUUAUACUUCAGUUGAAAAUUUGACACUAUGUAAGUCUCUGAUAUUUCCUUUUGUUCUAGGUUGUCCGAAUUAACCUU